AUGUGUGGCGUGCCCCUCGCGCUACUCUUAGCGGCCCCGUUGCCGCCCUUCCAGGCCCCUCGCGGCCCCUUCGCGGCCCCGUUGCCGCCCUUCCAGGCCCCUCGCGGCCCCUUCGCGGCCCGUCGCCGCCCCUUUUGCGGCCCGUCGCCGCCCCUUUCGCGGCCCGUCGCCGCCCUUCCAUGCCCCUCACGGCCCCUUCGCGGCCCCGUCGCCGCCCGUAUCGGCCCCGUCGACGCCGCCAGCGGCCCCGUCGCCGACCCUAGCGGCCCCGUCGCCGCUCUUAUCGGCCCCGUCGCCGCCGCCAGCGGCCCCGUCGCCGACCCUAGCGGCCCCGUCGCCGCUCCUAUCGGCCCCGUUGCCGCCGCCAGCGGCCCCGUCGUCGCCGCCAGCGGCCCCGUCGCCGCCUCCAGCGGCCCCGUCGCCGCCACUUGCGGCCCCGGCCCCGCCCCGCCCAUGCCCCAUCGCCAGCCGCGGCGCACCGGGGGCACGUGCACCGCCCCCCCCCCCCCUUUUCCCGUCCCGUCGGCCCCGCGCUAG